AUGAAUCGGGAAACAAUUAACGCGGAGAAGUACUCGCUACUUCAAUUAAAAGCGUGGUGCACGGCAGUGGGGCUCAACGCUAGUGGAGCAAAAGCGUCGCUGGCUGCACGACUUAGCGAGCUGUCGGCAGAAGCACGGGGCUUGUGUCCAGGAGCCAUUGACGUGCCUGGAGGUGAUAGUGUGCCAGAAAAACGCGGCGCGAAAGCUACGGUGCCACCAAAUAUCGAUGGAGGCAAUGGUACAGCCAAAGAAAAAAAUAACGGCGAAGGUGCUGGCAAUGGUGCGAAUAGCGGCGAUGGACCAAACAACGGCAACGACGCGAAUAACGGCGAGGGAUCAACCAAUGACAAAGGUGCGAAUAACGGCGAUGGUGAGCGUGGCAACGAUGGAGCGAAUAACGACGAUGAUGGCGAUUUUACAAAUGAUAGCAACGGCGCGAAUAACGAUGGUGCGUCUAACAGCGAUGGUGCGUCUAACAACGAUGGUGCGUCUAACAACGAUGGUGCGUCUAACAACGAUGGUGCGCAUAACAACGACGGUGCGUAUAGCAACGACGGUGCGAAUAGAGGCAGUGGCGUAGAGCGGCGCGAAUUUUCGCAAGAAAUUGUUAGCGUGACAAGUGAGCUAGGGUGCGGCCCAAGUAACACCCGUGAAUUCGAUGGUACGAAAGUAAGUCUAUUAGAAAAGGAGAUAGAGUUGCUUAAACUAAAAUUAGAGCUACAACAAGGCGGAGCGAAAUUGACGGUCGCAACAGACAACGCUAAACCUGGGUUGGAGACUAUGAAAGAGCUUAUGGCCGACUAUGACGGAAGCGAGGAUUUUGACAUGUGGCGGUCUCAGUUGCUCCAUUUUCAGCGAGUUUUACAAGUCAGCGAUGAGGCGUUAAGUUUAGUCGUACGGCUCAAAAUGAAAGGCGAAGCCCUGAUGUGGUACAACUCCAACAAGAUGUUUAUGCGCACUGUUGGCGAAAUCCUCGCAGAAAUGGAGGCAAUAUUCGCAAAGAAAGACAACUUGCUCAAUGUACGUAGAAAAUUUGAAAGGCGAAUUUGGAAGUUUGGUGAAGAGUUCAGUAGCUACGCUAACGAGAAGCGGCUGUUAAGCGCUGGCCUCAACCUAUGCGACGAAGAAUUUGUUGAAUACCUCGUAGACGGCAUUCCUAAUAAACAAUUGCAGAUACAAGCCAAGCUUCAGAAUUUUAAAAGUGCUGGUGAGGUGACUAGAGCAUUUCGGACUGUCGAGUUGCCGCGACGAGCCGCACCAAAAACGAAUUUACAAAGUGGUGAAGAGCGGCUAAGGUGCUACAACUGCAAUUGCUCCGGCCACAUCGCAAAAGAGUGCAGCAAGCCUAAGCGCGAAUACGGGACGUGCUUUGCGUGUGGCGAACGCGGACAUUUUGCGGCGAGCUGCAAAAACUACAAGAAGUCGACAUCCAGUAGCAAUUUUAAUGCCUAGUCGAUUCGGGGAGCCCAAUAAGUCUUGUAAAGAAGAGCCUUGUACCGGGAAGAGUGCAGUUACAAGAUGAAAGAAACUCAUACUAUGGUCUCAAUAAGUCAAAACUAUCAAUUUUUGGAAAAAUAUUUUGUUAUGUCAAAGUGCUCAAUAAAAACGUGUUGAUUGAACUUAUAGUAGUUCCUGACGAAUCGAUUAGUUAUUCAGUUAUUUUAGGCAGAAAUUUUAUUCAGGCAAGCGAAGCCAAGCUUAAAAUCGGUGAUGUAGAGUUUAUGGAUGAAACUGCAGACACAGAUGUUGUAAACAGUGUAACGAAUCUUAAUGUUUGUAACAAAGAAAAGGUGGCCAGUAAAAAUUCAACAUACAAAGCAGCGGUUGUGCCAAAGGUUAGUGUCACAGAUAAAGAAGAAGUGGUUAGUGGUAGUUCUACAUACAAAAUAGUGAACGAAGCCGUCAACGAAAUAUUAGCGAUAGAAAUUCCUGAAAUGGGCGAAACUGAGUAUAUGAUUAGCGACAAAAUAAGUUACAAAGACAAAAAGUAUUUUCAAGAGUUGUUCCGAGAAGAAUAUUUGUGUGCAAAAAGACCAAAAGAGCCUAGGGUCAGGCAGGAAAUAAGUUUAGCUUUGGAAGACGAAAAAGUUUUCAGUUGCGCUCCACGAAGACUUUCGUAUACCGAAAAGGCAGAGCUACAAAAGAUAUUAGAUGACUACUUAGAAAAAAGGUAUAUUCGCCCUAGUAGUUCAGAAUUCGUUUCUCCAAUAGUUUUGGUGAAAAAGAAAACGGGCGAACUCCGAAUGUGCGUCGAUUACAGGAAACUUAAUAAAGUCACGGCAAAGGAUAACUACCCUAUACCACUGAUUGAUGACUUGUUGGAUCGGUUAGUAAACAAAAAGUUGUUCACGAAGUUAGAUCUGAAAAAUGGAUUUUUUCAUGUGUUUGUUGAAGAAAAGUCAGUAAAAUAUACCUCGUUUACAACGCCACUAGGGCAAUUUGAAUU